AUGUCGUCUGCCGUUCCCUAUAACCCUGAGGAUUUCGACGACAAUAAUCCCUUCGCAGAACCAGAUAUGUUUCCUGCUGACGAGGAAGAUAACAACCCCAACAAUGAAGACCAUGCAGUGAGCCACUCACAGACGGGCCAGGCUGGCCAGCAACAGCAUUACGAGUCACAACAUCCACAAGUGCCAACACAAGUGCAAACACAAGAACAUCGUUCUGUACUUAAUGAGAGAGAAACGCUGGCAUUACUGUACAACAACAAUACACAUGCUGGACAUCAGACCGAUCGUGGAGAGGACCAGGAGGAGGGAGAUAACGUUGCUGAGACUGACAACUCCAACUCUGCUCAAUUGACGGAGAAAGAGCUCAGGAAAUUGAUCCCUGAAAGAUUCACUAAAAAGUACCUGUUGACGAUCAAGCUUCGUGGAAUUGAACCUAAUAAAUCGGGGAACCCCAUUUUGAACUUUGAUGUUCAAGUAGCGGGCUUGGCCAGAUUUCGCCAGUCUACCUAUAAAGAGGUCAGGAGAACGUUCAAUGAAGUGUUGAAGUUCAACAAAUACCUUAGCGUUUCUAACUUGGAGGUGUGUGUUCCUGUAAUCCCACUGGCUCUCACUUCCUACCCAAGCGGAGGUGUAGAAGAAACGAAGCACUUGAUGAUAGAGUGGCAGGAAUGGUUUGACAGGAUAUCAAGCAACCCGAUUCUCAUACGGGAUGAAGAAUUUAUUUUUUUCGUGGAGAACGAUUUUGGAUACUCCGUAAUAAAUAGUAAUCGCAAGACGGCGAUUGCUAGUGGUUUGUUGAGAAAGACAUUGAAGCAGUUCCAAGUUCCCUACGACCCUUAUGAAGAAUUGGCAGACUUCAGGCCGUUAAUCAAAUCUUCGUAUUUGAUUUGCACGAAGCUACACAAGGCGUUGGACAGGAAAUCCAAAUCCGAAAAGCAGAUAUCUGUAUACAUUGGUGAAUUGUCACAGAAAUUGAUCCAGUUAUCUGAAUUUGAAAUGAUUCACCCGGGGAUGAAAAACAUGUGGGAAAAGCUAUCUAAGAUCUCGUCGAUUCAGUCUGACUUGGUGUUGAUCGAGCUGAUUAAUGAUAUGGGGAAUUUUGGGGAUGGAAUCCAGUCGAUGAUUGACGAUUUCUAUCAAAUAAAGGAGGCAUUGACUAAUCGUCACUUGAUUAUGAGAGAGCUUUCCACUGCAGAGAAAGAUACAAAGAGCAAACACUUACAGGCAAACAAAAUUAAGAACAAAUCGUCGCUAGACCCUCUUAAAGUCGACGAAGCAUUAAGAUCCUUAGAGUACGCCUCUAAGACAGAGGAAUCCUUGAACUUGCAACUCAAAAGAAUCAGCGGAGAAAUGCUAUUUGAAAAACAGGAGAUCAUAAACCACACAGAGGUAAAAUUCAGAAGAAUGUUGCGGAACUUCACAUUGAAUAAAGUGGAGCAUCACAGAAAAAUUUUGAAGCAUUUAGAGAAUAUAAGGUUGGAUAUCCGUAUAGUUGAUGAGAGGGGAGGAUUGUCGAGAUUGAAUAGAGAGAAUUUGUCGAAUUUGAAGCACAACUUGACCCAGAGUCAGAGUGUGAACGGAGAUUCUUGGUCUCAUAGAACUUUCAGAUCUUUGAAUGCAAAGACACUGGCAGAAGAGGAAUUGAAAGAGGAAGGUGAAGGAGAGAUUGCUGUCGAUGCUAAGAAUGCAGCAAGUAUUCUCGGAGUAGCGACUUUUUAA